GUUUACGUGAGGUAUCUGGAAAAUCAGCAGAAUGUCAGUGGGCUCAGUUCCAACAUGGUGGACAGAAAAGAAGCAAAAAUGAAAUAAAUUCUAAUGUUUUGAAUGUUUAAGGGACUUUCUGUAGUUAUUCAUGGCUUGGCGUAUAUCAAAAUAUGUCCUCGGUAGCUGUUUACGAAAUAUCUCUUGUGCAGGAAGAAACGGUAUUUUGUAUAUAUAAUAUUUUAUGCAACCCGUCUGUCGGUGUACAAAAUAUGUUAUUUAUAUGUACCGUAAAUUGAUAUGUACGAAAUAUUUUGUACAGACAAUGUGCAAUAUAAAUAUUUUUGAUCUAGGAACCAUUUGCUGUCUCAGUUCUAUGGAUUUGUUGUCAUCCAAUAUUGUUAAAUUCAGACAACUUUCAGGUGUGACAGGUUAGUAUAUUUCUCUGUUUAUCUUCAGACCUGACAGACCACGUACCAGACUUGAGACUGCUAACUUUGCUUAUUGCGCACCGAAAUUAUAUGAUUUUGUUGCCAAAAAAUGUGCACUUAUAUUUACAGGAGGGACAGAAUGCGCACUCAGGUGAUAAGUGAGGAAAUUCGCACAUCAGUGACAUCACUAAAGUAUCAAACUUAUGAGUAGUUUUGAAAGUACAUUUUGUCAAAAUUCUGUGCAAAGUGCUCACAUAAUGUGCACACUUCAUCUUCAUCUCGAAAAAUGCGCACUGAAUAUCUUCUGUGCGCACAGCAAAGUUAGCAGUCUGGACAGACCAAACUACAGAUUGGUCUGAGUUGUGCCCAAGAUUAUUUAGGGAAAUGUUUUAGUGUCUCUGGGGUACAGGGGGCAGGGUUGCUAUAUUUCAUGAUCAAGCAAAAAAAAUGUCAGAGACAAAUGAGAUUCAUAAUUUGAGUAAUAAAAUGAUAAGCAAAUUGUGAACAACAAUUAAAAUUCAAAUACAGUACCGGUAUAGUCAAGCAAUAGUUUUUAGUAGUCAAGCAACUGUUGAUGGGUGGGCGGCACAGGCUCUUAAAUUAAUAGGUUAAUACUAACACUUGCACCAUGUUACAUGCAGGUGAUUAUGAGAAACUUUGGGGAGCUGUUACCGGUGGUCGUGGUACAGGAAGAGGAAAGAAGAGGACUAAGCCCAAGGACAAAGAAGCUGUUCCCACUGGAUUUGGUAAUGAUUUAAGAUCCUGUUACCUCGUUUUCAUGUUACCCUUUAACUAAUGUCACAUAUACACGAAUACAAGGCUCUAUAGCGGUAGAGCCAAAGUGACUUACAUUAUGGAGAAUGACUUUCAUCAAUGGACAAUUCACAUUAUAGACUAAUUUUUUAUCUUGGCAAAAAAAUAUAUUUCUGGAAAGAGCAUACUGAAAUGAAUGAAAUUGCAAAGUUUGGUUGGGAAAUGUUGUAAAAUGCGGAAAAUAUGGCAUUGCAAAGUUCGCAAAUUUUGUAUUGCGUGCGAAAAUUACUACCACAUUUGGGCCGAAAAUGGUAGCAAUUUCCACACACAAUACAAAAUUAGCAAAUUUUACAAUGCUAUAUUUUCCGGCGUUUUACAACAUUUCGCGACCAAACUUUGCAGUUUUACUAAUUUUGGUAUGUUCUUUCUAGCUGUGGUGCCUGAUUUAUUUGCAUCUCCUUGCCUAUAGUUUUGAAAUUAGUUUAUAAUGGGAAAUGUACAGUACUUACGUCUAUAUUUAUGGCACUGUAGGUAAAUUUGGCAAGACAUGGCCUGGUCUCAACACACCAGUGCAAGUCAUACCGCAAAAAAGCAAAAAGAAAAAUAAACAUAAAGACAAUUAUUUGCUCAAACCACAAAUGUCAGAAGUUGCUGUAACACGACCAAGGAAAGGACAGGCUCCUUCCUCACAGUUUUCUGUUGAAAGACAACACAGUAAAGAAAUACCUGCGUGGAAGAAAGCUUUCAAAAAAGGAGAGCGAAUGUAUGGGCAAGAUUUGUCUAGGCGAGGCUGGAGUGGCAAAACGUGGCGAGGUCGUGAGUUUGGAGCUCCAGAGACUGCUACUAGAGGUACUGUACUGUAAAAAUGAUAUUAUAAUGUUGAACAUAUUUAUAUCAGAGAAGCAUGAUCCUUGUGGAAGAACUUGCACAAAGAAUAGACUUAGAUAGUUUGUGUGAUAAAUUGUCUGUACAUAAACUUGGUGAACAGACAAAUCAAAAUUGACAUGAUGAUCGAACUAUAUUCGCGUCCCAUGCACACUGUUUGAUUUCAUGUAACGUAAAAGCUACCGCAAUGAAAUAAAAAUCAUUGCAUUCAGAAAGGACUAACUUAGAUUUUGAUUGCCGAACAAUUAUGAUAUCAUGAUUGUUAGAUUACGCUGAUAUCGAGGAAACUAGACUCAGUUUCGAAAUAUUACAUACUCGAACAGACCUGACCUGACCGUGUGCCUCAGUUGGCAGGGCAUUGGGCUAGUAUUCCAAAGGUCGUAGCGGGUUCGAUUUCCACCGUGGCCGGGCAUAUUUUUCAAGCCUGCCCAGUGUGGAUAUACACUCAGAGUAACAUCACAAGCAUCAAAGUUGAAUGUUUAUGCCGAACAUAUUCAACGCCACAAACAUCUAAGCUGAAUGUUUAUGCCGAACAUAUUCAACGGCAUAAACAUCUAAGUUGAAUGUUUAUGCCGAACAUAUUCAACAACAUAAACAUCCAACUUGAAUGUUUAUGCGGAACUUAUUCAACGGCAUAAACAUCUAAGUUGAAUGUUUAGCCGAACAUAUUCAACGCCAUAAACAUCUAAGUUGAAUGUCGAACGAGGAUGCGAGAGUUGGGAAGCGAGAAUUUGCAAGAGAGUUUUCACAUCUGCCAUAGCCCGCAUGCAGGCACUGCAGGGGAAGAGUAGUGGGUCUGCACCUGUGAACUCAAUAGGUCUGCACAUACAGAGUAUGCCCGUUGGCAGUUUAGGUGCUGGGCAUGACUCUGGAGAAACGGAAUAACAAAUAUCCAAUUUUAUAUCAACACUUCCCUUGGACGCUAGACCUGUCAGUUGCCUGAUCGCCUGAGUAUAUAUGUUAAUUAAACUCAAUAAUAGUAUAUUUUUUAAGUUCAUUUUAAUUUUUUCCAAUAGAUGCCUUGGAAGACUUCCAAUCAAUUGUUUUGGAGGUAGGUUGUUUGUGUAUACCUUUUCAAAUUUUCAACCAGACCAGAGUAACCCCUCAUCUGAAGCACUGCCAGAGUUGGGGAUUAAGCGAGAGUUUGCAAGAGAGUUUUCACAUCUCUCAUGCUCCAUAGUUAAUAGACCUUUCCCUUUACUGUAUGUGUGAAACUUUGAUCUAGACAAGUCUAGACAAAAGGUGAAGCCCACCUUGUCACAACCCGCACACCCGAUUACCUAUAUAUACAUGAACUUACAGUUACAGCUCAACAGCUGGCCUCUGUAGCUCAGUUGGAUAGAGCGCUGCACCGGAAUUGCAGGGCCGUAGGUUCAAUUCCUACCAGAGGACUUUCUGCUGCAUUUUUCGCAGUCGCUCCUGGUUAGGUAUUAAAGUGUAUAUAUAUAGUCACUUGGAUUACAAACCAUUAAAAACAGCAUUCAUAUAUCAUUAUAGCUCAAAAGAGCAUCCUAAAAUUAGUAAAAUUGUAAAGUUUGGUUGCGAAAUGUUGUAAAAUACGGAAAAUAUAGCCCUGUGAAAUUACUGCAAAUUUUGAGUAUUUUAGUAUUAUACGCGCGGUAAAAAAUUACCACCUUCGGCUCAAAAAUGGACUCGUGCAAUUUUGAUAGUCUGUGAAAGACUCACUCGUGCAUGUUUCUUUUUCAAAUUGCACUCGAAACCAUGCAUGCUAUUACCUAUUACCUACACAAAUAGUUCAUUCGUUCAUGCAAUACACCAUACUUAUAUCUGAACAUAAUUUAGCUGCGUCGUGUGAGCAACAUGACUCCUGGGGGAAGAAAAAGAUCACAACGAGCUAUUAUCGUGGUUGGAAACAGAAAUGGAGCAGCAGGAUUUGCGGUCGGCAAGGGACAGAGUGGGAUCAGUGCUUUGAAAAAGGUUCGUUUCAAAAAUAUACAGUCGAACUCCAUUAAGCGGACACCAUCGGGACCUCGCAAAUGUGUCCGCUUAAAAGGGGUGUCCGGGAGAUUAAGGAUUUGCAACAUAGAUAUCUUAUAUACACUAGAUAUAGUGCAUCUAAUUAUUCUACAAUUCAAAAAGGAUAUUCCCAUCAAAUGAGAAGAUUCGUAUGUUUUCUAUUUCUUAAACAGGGAACUUAAAUAUUAAGGUAAACCUGUUCCAAAUACAUUUUAAAACUAUUCAAAUGAUGAAAGUUAUUGUUAUUUUUAAGCGUUUAUUAGCGAGUGGGAAACACCAACAUUGCCGCCAUCUAUUCAAAUGGGGGUAACCGCUGGAAUAUUCUUGGCUUCAAUUUUACUAAAAGAGAUGCGCUAUCUAGUGUAUUAAGAUAUCUAUGAUUUGCAACAGCGAACACAGCAGGAGGUAACGUCCAACAGAUUUAGGAACAGUAGUUAUCAAAGGUAAACGUGUCAACGGAGAGACUGAUUAUGGUCUGGAACGUCGCUGUGAGUUCAAGUUUCGAAGAGACAGUUUUUCUUGAAUAGACAAUUCCCAUCAAACACUAGUUUUUAAACUAGGCAAGGAGAUGCAAAUAAAUCACCACAUCUAGAAAGAGCAUACUCAAAUUAGUAAAAUUGCAAAGUUUGGUUGGGAAAUGCUGUAAAAUGCGGAAGAUAUAGCCUUGCAAAGUUCGCAAAUUUUGUAUACUUUUGUAUUGCGUGCGGAAAUUUCUACCAUUUUCGGUCCAAAUGUGGUAGCAAUUUCCGCACGCGAUACAAAAGUAUACAAAAUUUGCGAAGUUUGCAAGGCUAUAUUUUCCGCAUUUUACAACAUUUCGCAACCAAACUUUGCCAUUUUACUCAUUUUAGUAUGCUCUUUCCGGGAAUAUACUUUUUCGCCAAGAUAAAAAAUUAGUCUAUAAUAGGAAUUGUCUAUUGCUUGGAAGACAAAUUAAAGAACUCAAAGAUUGUUUUAGGGGAUCAAGUUAUUAGCGUGUAUAUAUAUAUAUUGCAUAGGGAUACUGGUGUCCACUUAAUGGUAAUAAUAUUUUAUUAAAGAAAUCAUUGGGACCGGAUUUUCAAACAUUUUUAUUGUUAAAAGUUUACUGAUCUUGAAUUAUGCAUAAUUGAUUUUCCUAGUUAGUUUUUUUCAAUUAAAAGGGCUGAAAUGCACCUUAAAAACAAUCAAUCAAAAAACUGAACUGUGCCUUUAAGCCUGGUGCACACUAGCAAUUUUGUCGGCGAUUUUCUCCUCCUGACAAAUGCGAACGAGUGAACUCGCAGCCAAAAGUAUGGAAUCGCGUUUUGGACCGCAUACAUUUCUAAGACUUUUGCAUGUCACUCAUUCAGUCACAUCCGCCAGGAGGAGAAAAAUCGCCGACGAAAUUGCCAGUGUGAACGAGGCUUAAGAGAGGUGUCCGUUAAUAGAGAUUUGACUGUGCAACAAAUUUAUAGGAUGCUUCUGUAGUAUAGUUGAAAAAACAAACUAUUUAGGGCCAGAGACUUUGAUAAAGUCCCUGUCUCCCUCGAUUCCUUUUUUCACUUUUAUUAUUUUGUUGUUCAUCUAGGCGAAGAACAAGGCAGCGAAGUAUUUGUAUUAUAUUGAUCGUUGUGAGGACCGCACAAGUAAGUUGUGAUAUAUUAAUCGUAUAUUUGGCAGAAAACCGAGCAGGAUUUUUUUGUAGUGUUUAUGUGGAAAACACCACGAUUAUUUCAGCAAAGCAAUUCGACCCAGAAACCCAGUUUCCCAGGAAUUUUCCCCUCCCCCUCAAUGUUGUCUCGCUGAGGGGAGAUAAAUUUCCUAGGAGUAUCACCCUCCCGGGUAGCAAAUUUUCUUCGCCCUCUUUCUUGUAGUCGCGAAUGACCGUCCGUUUUAUCUAAGGAUGAAGCGUUUAAAUCUAUGUAGCGAGAUGCCCAACAGUCUUUCCGUAACAAAGCAGCCGGAGCUUCGGCUGGUGUUGUGAGGUUCACUGCCGGCUACAUUCUUUAAACUAUACUGCGCAUCCAUCUCGCUUUUUUGCGGUUUGUGGCUAUAAAGUACGCCCGUUUUAUGCAUACUUUAGCCACAGUUUGUGGCUAUAAAGUACGUCUGUUUUCGGCAUACCUUAUCAAUCUCGUUCCCCGAGCCUGCGAUCCUCGGGAAGGAACGCGAGGCUCUGGGAUAAUCCGUUUCAGGGAGGAAUCUGAUUGGCCAUUGAAAUGGAAUGCGUAGUUCAAUCUUAGCCAGAAUUCUUGGCUUCCGGUAACGGAUUAUCCCAGAGCCUUCGAUUCCUUCCCGAGGAUCGCAGGCUCGGGGAACGAGAUUGCAUACCUUAUUAGGCAUUCCGAAGUUGAUGAGUGGACUGGGGACGAGUGUUAAAAAGUGCCUAAAUUAAGAAAUGAACCCAAUAACUAAAAAGACCACCUCAAAAUUAGUAAGUAUACAAAGUUUGAAAACGUUUACAUGAAUACCCUUCGAAUAAUAAGCUUUCGAAAAUUGUGAAAUUACUGAUUAAAAGAUUGUUUUUGGGACGCGCGUCCCCAAAACAAUCAUUACAAUUUUCGUUUUUCGAAAGCUUAUUAUUCGAAGGGUAUUCAUGUAAACGUUUUCAAACUUUGUAUACUUACUAAUUUUGAGGUGGUCUUUUUGGUUAUUGGGUUCAUUUCUUAAUUUGGGCACUUUUUAGCACUCGUCCCCAGUCCUCUCAUCAACUUCGGAAUGGCUAAAAGCUACGGUUUGUGGCUAUAACUGUGCGCCGUAUUUCCGCAUACCUCGGUAGCCACGGUUUUGCAGUAUUUGGCUACAUCAAAACUGCAGUAUGCUGUAGUUUUUUGGGCAUAUACCUCAGCUGUAUCCUAAUGAAGUUAGAUUUGUAAGAUUAACUAUUGUGUAAAAACCAAGAAUAAAUUGGAAAUUUCUCUGCGCAUUCUAAUCUGCGCGUAUCCUAUUGAUGCCUUCUUAAUAGUAGAUAUCCCUUUGACAAGAAUUUAAAGUACUUGUAUAACUACAACUAAACGUAGCCUGCUCUGCUUACCCGACCAAGAAAAGACUGCAAAAAAGAUGACAAUAAUUCUAAUACUGUCAUAAAUUAUUUCCAUGUAGACUUGCUAUAUGCAUGCAUUGAGGACAGCCGCCUACUUUCUCACCACAGCCGCUUAUCUAAAAAGAUUAUGAAAACCCUGUACCUGAACUUGUGAUAAGCUCUUGGCAACUGUACUCUGCAACUCAUUGGUCAGAGCACUGCACCGGCAUCGCAGGGCCACAUGGUUCGAUUCCUAUACCGGAGGGCUGUUGUAUUUUUCGCAGCUACUCCCGGUCAAGUCUAGAAUACGAUUUUUCAGAUCUUCAUUCAACAUUUCCAUCAAUAAAAAAACACCACUGAAAAUUUCCAUCAACAAAAACUUAGUUUUGUUAAAUGGAGCAAAAAUGCCCAAAUUCCUAAAUGUAUCACACACUUCAUUGCUCGAGUUUAUUCCGACUUUCUUUGUUUGUAGUUUAUCAUGAUUUUGUCAGCACACAUCGCAAGACAACGAUACGAUUUGAGAGAAAACCUCCAGGUUGGGUAUCGGACAAUUAUUAUUUGUUUCUUUAUAUAUUCAUUUCUAGUUGUGCACAGGGGCGUAGCCAGCCUUAAGCGACUGGAGGUCUAAUCGUCCGCCCAGGGGCAUACCUGUACAUUUUAUUUUUGUGGAGGUAGCCAAUCUUCAAAUGGAGCUAGGCUAUGCCACAUUCUCGUACCCAGAGCCCGUCUUACACGCGGUCAACAGAGCAUGACAUGUGACAAUGCUGUUCCAGCAACCUGUCAAGAAGAUGUCUCCUCAACAGGUUUGUAGCAAGCUUGUUAACAAGUUGUGACAAUGCUGUUCCAAUAACUUAUCAACAAGAUGUCUCCUCAACAGGCUUGUAGCAAGCUUGUUAACAAGUUGUGACAAUGCUGUUCCAACAACUUGUCAACAAGAUUUUUCGCAACAGGUUUGUAGCAAGCUUGUUAACAAGUUGUGAUAAUGCUGUUCCAACAACUUGUCAACAAGAUGUGUUUGCAAUACACGUGUAAAACUCUCACAUCUUGUAGCAAGUCUGCCAACAACCAGUCAACAAGUUGUCUUCGCACUGCUUGUCCCAAGUUGUCAACAAGUUUGGAACAAGCUGUUAACAAUUUGUUACAACCUUCUUGAUAUUAUCAGGCUUGUUACAAGGUUGUUCCAACAAGUAUACGAUACAGUCAUGAUCAGGGCGCUGUAAAACACAGCGCCCUGGUCAUGAUGUAGCAGUAUUGUUACAACCUUGUGUCGUCAACCUUGUAACAAUCUUGUUUAUCAUGACUGUAUCAGACUUGUCAGAACAACCUUGUGACAAGUCCGAUAAUGCCACCAAGCUUGUUAUAAGUUGUUAACAGCUUGUUCCAAACUCGUUACAACAACUGGCAACAAGCAGAGCGGACACAACUUGUUGACAGCUUGUAAAUAGAUUUGUAACAACUUGUUUGCAGACUUGUAACAACUUGUGCGUUUUUACGUGUGUAGAUUUGUAGGAAGCUUGUUAACAAGUUGUGAUAAUGCUGUUUCAACAACUUGUCAACAAGAUGUGUUUGCAAUAGGUUUAAUUUGUAGCGAGCUUGUUAACAAAUUGUGGUAAUGCUGUUUCAGCAACUUGUCAACAAGAUGUCUCUAAAACAGGCUUGUAGCAAGCUUGUUAACAAGUUGUGACAAUGCUGUUCCAACAACUUCUCAACAAGAUGUCUCCUCAACAGGCUUUGUAGCAAGCUUGUUAACAAGUGCUGACAAUACUGUUCCAACAACUUGUCAACAAGAUGUCUCCUCAACAGGCUUGUAGCAAGCUUGUUAACAAGUUGUGAUAAUACUGUUCCAACAACUUGUCAACAAGAUGUCUCCUCAACAGGCUUGUAGCAAGCUUGUUAAUGAGUCGUGACAAUGCUGUUCCAACAACUUGUCAACAAGAUGUCUCUAUAACAGGCAUGUAACAAGCUUGUUAACAAGUUGUGACAAUGCUCUUCCAACAACUUGUCAACAAGAUUUGUUCGCAACAGGUUUACAUGUAGCAAGCUUGGUUAACAAAUUGUAACAUUGUUGUUCGAAGAACUUGUCAACGAGAUGUGUUUGGAGUAGGUUUGUAGCAAGCUUGUUAACAAGUUCAGUGGUGUAUAACUUUAUUUUUUGACCACUUGCUAGGACAAGUUGGACAUGAAAAUUAGUUGCCGUGAAUAAAAUUCACUUGCCAUCAGACAAUGGACACUGGGGUACCUACGUAGGGGGUAUAAAUUAAAGGGGCAAAAAGCCGAAUUGCCACCGGAUUCGAUCAUUACUUGAUUACACUGCUCCUAAUACACCCUUUCGAUAAUUUCGUCAUUUGGCCUGGGAGCCUCGCUCUCAUGAACCGUGAGCCGAUCACUUUGGGUAAUUUACUAAUGAGAGCGAGGCUCCAAAGCCAAAAAGUAUGUUUGACGUAAUUGUCAAAACGGUGUAUUUGAAAGAGUCACUGAUUAGGAGUAGCUAAGUGCAGGUUAAUUAUAAUCUUUGAAGCAGUAAUACUGAUAUAAAUCUUCCAAAACCGAGAAGGGAACUGCUGGAAAAAAAGCUUUAAAUACAAUGGGACAAAACUUUGGAACAGCCUUUCUCUUGACGCGAAAGUCGCGCAAUCUAUUUAUUCCUUUAAAAUGAAUAUCUAAAUUAGUAAUUCAUAUUAAUACUUGUGCAUGGGACAUGUGUAGUGUCCUUAAAUAAUUUUUUACAUACAUACAUACACACAUACAACUAUACAUACGGGGCAAUUUUCGGCUUUUGGAAGUUUUGCUUAAUUCCGAUGGCUGAAAAUGAGAAAAUAAAGUUUAUUCUUUUCAAUAUUUGAGGAGUCUUGUAUUUCUAUUUGAGGCUAUGGCUUACGAUGUCACAGAAUUAUCCGUGCAGUUGCCGAUGUACUAGGGAUUGAAGACAUGAGAUGCAAGAUCACUGGUUCAACGACACCAAUCAGCGUUGUGCGAGCUGUAUUCCAAGGCCUUUUGAGUCAGGUACGUAUAAUCUUUCAAAUCCGACUAUGAAGACUGGAUCACACACGUAAAAAUCUCACAACUUGUCAACAAGAUGUGUUCGCAACAGGCUUGUAGCAAGCUUGUCAACAAGUUGUAACAAUGUUGUUAUUUUAUCAAGUUGCUACAAGGUUGUCACUCACAACUUGUUGACAAAUUGUCGAAUUGCAGGAUGAUAACAAGUUGUUGGAACAACUUGUAACAAGAUGCUUGUGACGUUACUCUGAGUGUAUAUCCACACCGGGAAGGCUUGAAAAAUAUGCCUGGCCACGAUGGGAAUCGAACCUACGACCUUUGGAUACUAGGCCAAUGCUCUGCCAACUGAGCUACGCGGUCAGGUCGGUUCGAGUAAGUGAUAUUACACCAACACAGCAAAUAUCAUGAUUAUUAGAUUACGCAUAUAUCGAAGGAACUAGACUCAGUUUCGAAAUAUCACGUACUCGAACCGACCUGACCGCGUAGCUCAGUUGGUAGAGCAUUGGACUAGUAUCCAAAGGUCGUAGGUUCGAUUCCCACCGUGGCCAGGCAUAUUUUUCAAACCUGCCCGGUGUGGAUAUACACUCAGAGUAACGUCACAAGCAUCUUAUUCACUUGAGUACAUUACACCAACACAGAAAAUAACUUGUAACAAGUCUGUUGAGUUCAACAACCUUGUAGCAAGUUGUCAACAAGCCGUUGGCAACUUGUCAACAAGCUGGGAACAAGCAGUGCGAACACAUCCUGUUGAUAAGUUGUUGGAACAGCAUUGCUACAAGUCUGCUGUAGGUUUGUUGCAACUUGUGCGUUUUUACGUGUGUGGUAUCGCAUGGUAAUAAUCGCAUGGGGUCAAGUAAAAUAAUAGAUUCGAACCGAACACGGUCACAUGAUUGUUCUGGCUGUACAGUACCUUUAUUAUUGUUCCGAAAAUCCGGAGUACUCCGAACAGGAAAUGGAGCAGCCUGCUAAACUACAGUACAUUUAUAUGUUCUGCUGCUCAAACAUUGACCUUUACGCAACGGAAAUUUUAUUCGUGAAUUCUGAAUAUGGCCAUAAUGUGGAACUGAAUAUGAAAUAAGCUAGCCGUGGGUGAAGAGACAAUUCCCAUUAUAGACUAAUUUUAAAGUAGGCAAGCAGAUGCAAAUUAAAUAAAUCACCACAUCUAGAAAGAGCAUACUAAAAUGAGUAAAAUUGCAAAGUUUGGUUGCGAAAUGUUGUAAAACAGCGUUGUAAAAUAGCUUUUGCAAAUGUAAUUUUGUAUAUACUUUUGUAUUGCUUGCGGAAUUUACCACCAUUUUCGGCCCAAAUGUGGAGCAAUUUCCACACGCAAUACAAAAGUAUACAAAAUUUGCGAACUUUGCAAGACUAUAUUUUCCGCAUUUUACAACAUUGCGCCCAGACUUUGCAAUUUUACUCAUUUCAGUAUGCUCUUUCCAGGAAUAUACUUUUUUUUGCCAAAUAGUUAGUCUAUAGUGGGAAUUGUUUAUCCCAUGUAAAAUUUGAGGAGGGACUUUAUACUCAAUUUAGGACCCUUUAAGCUCGAUUGAACAUUUGGGUAAUUAAGUGAUGUGAAUUUCAAAAGUUUUAGUGGGCUGUAAUUAAUUAAGAGUUCCUCCACACAAAUGUUAUCCCCGCACAUUUUUACUGUGUAUCACAAAUAAUCUCGUUCCCAGGCUAUUUUAUCACUGCUGUCUUUCACUUUAUUACUGCACAAAUUGGUUAUUACUGCACACUAAAGUUAGGCAUGGUUCACUCUGCGGACCAUUUUUCAUCAUGUUUCAUCCGUUUUCAUCUUUAAGAGUAUGUUAUGUAAGGAAAGCAUGCUCGCGUCUCUUUAUCAGAAUUUGCAUUGAAUGUUGCAGCAAAAAUAACCCUUAGAAGUGUUUGCGCGGUCACGCAAUUUUCAAUCCAUCAAAACAUUAGGUACACGCAAUGAAUGUGGGAUACACGUGGGUCAAAUAUUCAUUGUCUGAAAGCGACUUCUAGGGUCAAUUGCCUCGUGUAUCCUGGCCUUAAAUGAAUGUGAUGCAAUGAACUGUUUCUUACACAAAAAACCAUUCCUUUACUAUAGGAGACACAUGAUCAACUCGCAGAACGUAAAGGUCUUCACGUGGUCGAGUUUCGACCGGAGAAUAGUAUGCGACCGGUGAUUGUUGCCUCUCCGAGCCCACAAGCUGCACGUGAAGCGGAGAAACAAAGAACACUUGAGGAUAAAGAUUAUGACUUUGAUGAGAUUUUUGAUCCAUAUAAAGGCGCUCAUCGACCAAGGAAAGUAAAACUGUGAAAUGUUUAAUUGUGCUUAUAUCUGUUUAAUAUCCAGCACCAAACAUAUAUGGCAAAUAUGGACAGCAAUUGUUUGUGUCUGAUGUUCAAGUAAUCACAGUGCGGUAGCUGUAGGAAGAUAUUUUAAAAGGGGCUGAAAUUUGACAAGUGCGCCAUUAAAACUAAGAGGUCCGGUGGCAUGCUCCCCGGGAAAAUUUUAAAAACCGUGGCUCGGAAAUGCUAUUUCCUGGACUUUUUGGCGCAAAAUUGAAGAACUGAUACAGCAGAAAUGUUACAAAAAAGUUCAUUAGUUUCAUUGAUUUAUUUCAAAAAUUGAUUUGUUGUUAGUUUGAAUGACAUGCUGAGGUACUCAGUGAGCUAUGAUAGCUAGCAAAUGAAGCAUGAUUGAACCCAAGGGUUGAACUACCUACUGGCGGCUACUACCUGUAGAUGCAUUAAGAUCUCACAGUGUUAAAAAAGAAAAAGGACCAUAUCAAUUACCAUAUUUUCUAUAAUUUCUAUAUCUAUAUGCAUAUAUAACAUACGACUUAUAUACAAUAUGGAAGUCCAUUCACACCUUAUUUAUUUUAGGCGGGUUCAAGCCCCCUCCCCCAGCCCAGGGUUCCUAGGACAGUGGAUAAUCAGACACAGAGGACGGCAACUUAUUGCAGAAUACCACUAGCGACACUAGACCCCCACCUUUGAGAAAAUAUUGAUAUAAUAAACAUAAUAAACUAAUUUUUGAGAUUUUGUGUUUUGGGGAAAUAUUUUCACACGAAACAAAGGAAUUUUAUGAAAAAUAAGCCGUUACAUGAG